AUGAGUGGUAAAAGUAAUACAACAAUUUCAUCAGCUAAAAGUAAAAGUAAAGAUAAAAUAAAUACAACACGUAGUACUCGUGCUGGUCUUACAUUUCCUGUUGGUCGAGUGCAUCGUUUUCUUAAACAAGGCAGUUAUGGAGAACGAAUUGGUGAAGGUGCACCAGUAUAUUUGGCCGCUGUACUUGAAUAUUUAACUGCUGAAAUUCUUGAAUUAGCGGGUAAUGCUGCUCGAGAUAAUGAAAAAAAACGUAUUAUUCCUCGACAUCUUCAAUUAGCUAUUCGAAAUGAUGAAGAAUUAAAUAAAUUACUCGAUGGUGUAACUAUUGCACAAGGUGGUGUUUUACCUAAUAUUCGUAUGGAACUUUUACCAAAAAAAACUAAAGGUGGUGAUGAAAAUGCUGGUAGUAUGGAAUCACAACGUGGUACGCAAGGUCAACCUAUGAUGAUGGCACAAUCAGGAGGAUCAAUGGGUAGUAGUGGAAUGAAAAAGAAGAGUAUGCCACCAGCUAAAAAAAGUCUUGCACCUCCUACAUCACAAAAAAAAUCGAAUAAACCAAAACCAAUGCAACAACAACAACAAGCACCACCACCACAAAAGCACAACAAUAAUAAGACUAAUAACAAUGAUGAUGACGAUGACGACGACGAUGAUGAUGAUGAUGAUGAAUCUGAAGACGAAGAAUCUGAAGAUGAAGAUGAUGAUAUGACAGGUAAUGGUAAUACAGUUAGUAGUUCAAGUGCUUUAGCUACAACAACUGUUAAUGAUACAACAGCUGAUGAUGAUGAAGAUGAAGAAUAA